AUGGAUUCAUUUUCUGCCCGAGAUCUCUUCCCGGACCCAGAUCUAAAAUCAUGGCAACAAGCCUUUUCUGCGAGACACGAGAAGAUAUGUCAUACGCCUUCGACCCCAGAUCCGGAUGGCGAGAUUUACGGAAUCUUCAACAGGUCCAACUUCAGCCGACUAGACAUAAUUAGGGGGCUCGAUCGACCCAUCGAUGCCUGGCUUGAUCCUAAAUUGACUAUUUCCGACAUAUUCUAUGACCGAAUCCGGCCUGCGCUUGUGCUGGCAACACGGUUUUGCAAGUACACGUCUGAAUUCUUCAACAUACUUUUAUUUGGGGACAUAGGAAAAGAUAUUCGUGAAGACGGGAAAAUCGUGUAUGACUAUCUCCAGAAAUUGAAGCACCGAUCUCGAACGUUCCCAGAUCUGAUGGACGAUCUCCACAAUGUCCAGUUCUUUACUGGUUAUCACCCGGAUAGUCGUACAGAUGUAUAUGCAUCUACUUAUUUCGGGGUAUAUCCAAAGAAUUGUGAACAACAAAUGGCAACCACUGCUGUCCAGCUGAAUUCGAAAUUCACGACAUUCUUCACCCACCUCCACUUUGACACAUUCGAAGAUGAUGUCAAGGACCUGAUGUUAGUCAGUCUCGCCAUCACUCUUGUGCAUGAGCUGGCCCAUGUAUGGUACGCUCUCCGGAGAUUUGAAAUCGCCCGGAAAGGCAAUCUCCCUCUGUGUAUCGCCAUGAGGAGAGAACCGUAUUUCUACGGAACUGAGAGAGUGCCCGAGUUGGGAUCGUCUUGGGAAUUAUUCGCCUUCAACGGAAUGCCCCAUUUAAACUGUUCGGAUGACGGACCUUAUGCGCAUGCGAAGGGUCUCCUCUUAGUCCCUGUGAGAGCAAACAGUGACAAAGCGGACAAGGUUGUUGUGGAUUCAUAUGUUGUGAGUGCUUUUCUCAACCAAGAAUGCUGGGACCUGCUCGACAGAUUGCUCAUUGGAGAUCUUUGUAUCCCGUAUAAGCCCGUCAUUGGCAAAGGCCUCUUGGAGAGAAUGAAGACGGCUGUCGUCGUGAUAUUUUUUUCAAUCGAACAUGGUCGCCUACCCUCCCUGGAAGAGGUAGCCAAAGAAAAAGACAUGAUGUUGCCAUAUUCAGCGAAGGGACAACAGUUGGCGAAGGCUAGUCUCCCAGAUUUAGCACCUCUCACGCCAAAAUUACCGACGGACGCUGAGAUAACCAAGAUCACCAACAUGAUGAAAGAGGGAUUGCGCAUCUCGCCUCUAGAGUUUCCUACGACCGCCACAGAGGAACAUCCAAAUUAUGCUCUCCAGUGGGCACUUUGCCAGGCAAAAGCUAAAUCAGGCCCUACAUAUCUCGCUGACAGAGCGGCCAACAAGAAGAGAAUCCAAAAAGCGCAACGCAGACGGGACUGUUCAAGGAGCCGUUGCAAACCACCACUGCCGGAGACGCGAACAGGUAGCCAUCUGGUUAGACACAACGAAAUUACGCCCGCAACUACGCCGCCAGCGAAGAACGACCACGCACCACCACCCAUGCAACCGAGGAAGAGUUAUCCAUUUGUCAGUCCUAAGGACGGGUUGCUCACACCACCCGCUACGCCACCCGCUGCGCCACUAACUAAGAAAGGACCAUGCACGACUAUCCAUCCAAACGAGAAAGAGCUAUCAAUCUGUUAG